GGAAAGCAACAACCUGACGGUGAUCGACCGCCACAACUUCCAGGGAAUGCACAAGCUGCGCAUUCUCCAGCUGAUGGAGAACCAGAUCGAGACGGUGCAUGAGGGCGCUUUCGCUGACCUGACGAGCAUGGAGAGACUACGUCUAAACAACAACCGGAUACGCAGUUUACCAGGCUCCUUGUUCGCCUCCAUGACCAGCCUGCAGCGCCUGGACCUCAGCCACAACCGGCUUGCCGUACUGGGACAGUGGAUGCUGCACGGUUCACUGCUGCUUAAGAAUCUUCAGUUGGACAACAACGAGAUAAGCUGCAUUGAUGAAUCAGUUCUUCGUGGGCUGAAGAACAUGGAAAUUCUGACGCUGAACCGCAACAACCUGACCACCCUGGGGAAGCAGCUCUUCGAAGGCAUGCCAAAGCUGCGCGUGGUGCGGCUCUCGGAGAACCCCCUGGUGUGUGACUGCCGCCUGGCCUGGCUGGCACUCUGGCUGCAGCGCCACCCCCGACUGGGGCUGCUCACGCGCUGCAGCCGCCCGCUGCCGCUCCGGGGAAAGCUGCUGGCCGAGUUGCACGAGACGGACCUGCGUUGCGAGCCGGGGAGUGUGCUGCCGCCCUCUGUGGCUUGCGUCACUGAGGCUUCCUGCCCUUUUCCGUGCACCUGCGAGGAGGGUGUGGUCGACUGCCGACUCCGGGGUCUCACUGCGCUGCCACGGCGGUUGCCACCUGGUACUACUGAACUGAGACUGGAACAGAAUCGUAUCACUGAAAUUCCAUCGCACGCCUUCGCCCAGCUCAAGUGGAUACGACGAAUAGACUUGAGUGGCAACCUGAUCUCCAAGGUGGCGCCGGACGCCUUUAGCGGCCUCACAUCACUCACCUCUCUGGUCCUGUAUGGGAACAACAUUUCGGAUUUGCCUCCGGGCCUGUUUCACGGAUUGACGUCGUUGCAGCUGCUGCUUCUCAAUGCCAACAGCAUAUCAUGCAUCAGGAAGGAUAUGUUCCGAGAUCUUCACAACUUGAAUCUGCUAUCUCUCUAUGACAACAACAUUCAGUCAUUGGCUCCCGGCACCUUUGCAUCCCUGCAGAAUAUCCAAACACUGCACCUGGCACGUAAUCCUUUCAUCUGCGACUGCAACCUGCGCUGGCUGGCCACCUAUCUGCACCAGUACCCCGUGGAGACGAGCGGCGCUCGGUGCGAGAGUCCCAAACGCAUGCAUCGACGCCGCCUCACCCUCCUCGGAGACUCCAAGUUCAAGUGCAAAGGGUCAGAGGAACACCGGACCCGACUGGCUGGAGACUGCAUUGUGGAUCGGGACUGCCCGGAAAGCUGCGUUUGCGAGGGCACCAUCGUCGACUGUUCUCGGAAGAGCCUCCGGGAGAUCCCCAGUGACCUGCCCACAUUCACGACCGAACUGCGCCUUAAUGACAACCACAUUACGAAGGUUCGAAACAGCGGGAUAUUCAAGAAGCUACCAAAGCUGAUCAAGCUAGACCUGCGCAACAACGCCAUUGCUGACAUUGAGGACAAUGCCUUCCUGGGAGCCGAGCAACUGGCUGAUCUGCUGCUGAUGGAGAACAAGCUGCGCCAGGUGCGCCCCAAGAUGUUCUCGGGCCUGAGCAGCCUGCGGACGCUGAUGCUGCGCUCCAACCAGCUCAGCUUCAUCGCCAACGACACCUUUGCAGAUUUGACCACUGUGCGUCUCCUGUCUCUGUACGACAACAAGAUACGCUGCCUGGCUCAGAGCGCCUUUGAGCGGCUCACCUCCCUGAGAACCCUGAACCUGCUGGGGAAUCCACUGCAUUGUGGUUGCCACCUGCGCUGGCUGGCGGACUGGCUGCGCGGGGGAGACAAGGUCACGGGCAAGCCUCGCUGCCAGUCUCCGGUCGCCCUGCAGGAUGUGGCACUCGAAGAUGUCCCUUCGAGCCAGCUGGAACACUGCUCUGACGCUGAUGAAGGCUGCGGUUUCGACGAGCACUGCCCCCGUGGCUGCAGCUGCCUGGGACAUGCGGUGCACUGCUCUCGUCAGCGCCUGCAGCAGCUUCCCACAAACAUCCAGGCAACCACAACGGAACUGUACCUGGAUGUGAAUGACAUUGCAGCAAUUCCUAUGGAGAUAAACAUGCUGAAGGAGGUGACGAGGAUAGACCUGAGCAACAACCAGAUAUCCAUCUUGCCAAACAACAUCUUUGCCAACUUGUCCAAGUUGUCAACACUAAUUUUGAGCUAUAACAAGCUGCAGUGUAUUCAAGGUGACAGUUUCAUUGGCCUCAAGUCCCUGCGAAUAUUGUCCCUGCAUGGAAAUGACGUGUCCCUGAUCCCGGAGGGCACCUUUCGAGACCUGCAGUCCAUCACCCACAUAGCGCUGGGCGCCAACCCACUCUACUGCGACUGCACCCUGCGCUGGCUCUCGGACUGGAUCAAGAAGGACUACAUUGAGCCCGGCAUCGCACGCUGCUCGGAGCCUCGGUCCAUGAAGGACAAGCUGGUUCUCACGGCCCCCUCCAACCACUUUGUGUGUGUGGACAAACCGGAGCCGGACGUCCUGGCCAAGUGCGACGCCUGCUACACCUUCCCAUGCCAGAACGGUGCCAGCUGCCGCCCGGUGCCCCUGCGGGACUAUGAGUGCGACUGCCCUCCGGGCUUCCACGGGCGCAACUGCCAGCACCCCGUGGACGCCUGCUACGGCAGCCCCUGCGAGAACCACGGCACCUGCAAGGUCCUGGAAGAGGGCCGCUUCAGCUGCCAUUGUCCUGUGGGAUUUCAAGGUGAUCGCUGUGAGACCAACAAAGAUGACUGCUAUAAAAACAAGUGUGACAACAAUGCUACUUGUGUCGAUGCAGUUGAUGGCUACUCUUGCAUUUGCAAGCCUGGCUUUGUUGGAACCUACUGCGAGAAGCCAAUCAACUUUUGCAGCAAAGAGUUUAGCCCAUGUAAAAACGGGGCCACAUGCAAAGACCACAAGGGUCACUUGACGUGCCACUGCGCUGUGGGCUUCACCGGCAGCAACUGCUCCACAAACGUGGAUGACUGCGUGGAACAUGCCUGCCUCAAUGGAGCCAGCUGCCUGGACGGCAUCAACGGCUACUCGUGCCUCUGUCCCCGGGGGUUCAGCGGCAAGUUGUGCGAGCUGGCACCCAUGGUGUCGAUGCUCUACCCGCGCACGAGCCCCUGCCAGCAACAUGACUGCCAACACGGUGCUUGUUUCCAGCCGAGCGGGGUGAGCGACUAUGUGUGCAAGUGUUUUCCGGGGUUCACGGGCAAGCGGUGCGAGACGGUGUCAAGUCUGAACUUCCGUGAGGACUCCUAUCUCGAGUACCCCUCGCUGCAAACCAAGCCCAUGGCCAACAUCACCCUGAAGCUGGCCACCCGGCAGCAGCACGGCGUCAUCGCCUACCACGGGGACACGCACCACCUGGCCGUGGAGCUGUUCCAGGGCCGCAUCCGCGUCAGCUACGACGUGGGCAACUACCCAGUCUCCAACAUGUUCAGCUUCGAGACACUGCCCGACGGGGACUACCACACGGUCAGCAUCCUGCUGCUCAAGAAGAAUGUCACGCUAAGCGUCGAUGGCGGCGUCUCACGGAGCAUUGUCAACGAGGGGCCCCGGGAAUACCUCCAGGUGGCGGCGCCACUCUACAUCGGAGGUCUCCCGCAAGAGGUGGCCUCCGUCGCUCUCAAGCAUUGGCACCUCCGCAAUGCCUCCAGUUUCCUGGGCUGCAUGAAAGAACUGUUCAUCAACAACAAGCCCAUGGACGUGGGCAAUGCGAACAAGCAGCACCGAGUGUCGCCCGGCUGUGCCGAGUUCGACGACCCCCAACCUUGCAAGAGCCACCUGUGCAAGAGGGGCAAGUGCCUUCCAGUGGACAGGUACAACUACGAAUGCAGCUGCCGCAGCGGCUGGAGCGGCCCGUUCUGCGAUCAGGCGCCCACGUGCCAGAAGGAGCAGUAUCGAGACCACCUCGAGGACGCCGGGUGCCGAUCUCAGAAGAAGGUCAAGAUGGCCGCGUGCAUCGGCUCUUGCGGCACGCACUGCUGCCGGGCGCACAAGACAAAACGACGCAGCGUCAAGAUGGUGUGCCCCCUGGGCAGAACGUAUACCAAGCACAUGGAAGUGGUCCGCAAGUGUGGCUGCUCUCGCAAGUGCUAGGGAGCCGACCCACACCAAGCGGGCUCCCCCUGUGGUUGUACACAUCCAGCACACAGUCAUUACUCCUCCUCGUGGUUUGUUUCCCGAGUGACGCAGUGGUCCCACUUUUCAGCACGAGAGACAAUGCACUCGUUCGCCUUGGAUUCUUUUCUAAUGCGAACCAAGACACGUUUCUUGAGUACCAGUUUUCAUACGCCGUUCGUGUACAGAAGUAGAGGAAUGUUUUCCGUCGACGAGGCCGUGUGCACAAUCUCGAUCGAGUGCCGCAGGCAGAAAUCACCGUUUCUCCCACAAGACUGCACUUGCCACACUCGUUCUUUAAUAAGCACUGCUCUUGAAGACAAAACAAUCUUUUUUUUUUUACAUUAGGCAUUUGCAGUAAUUUAUACCAUUACCACUCCAUCUGUGUCAACUUUUCCAGUUGUUCUUGGAAUGCGAGGAUAACGACGAGAGCCUUAUUCUGGUGCUGGGUUCAGUGCGAUGGUGGCAUGCAUGUACAUAGUGUUGGGGAGCUUCUGACCAUAGGUCGCUUGGACGACGAGCCACGCAGUCACAGGGGCCAGCCUGCACAGACUAGACUGCAGGGUCGGAACGAUAGCAGCCCGUUCUUCCCCGAAUCAAGUGGUGCCCUUGUUUCCGCCAUCCUCAGGCUACACGAGGGAGAAACGACAGAGCAGGGCGGGCGCCACUGUUGCCCCUUGGGCACCAGCACCACAUACCGUACUGGCCAUGUGUUGCUCCUAGCGAUGCUUUCCGGUGCAUGUUUGGAGGCACCUUACAACACAAUAUGCUGCUGAAUGUAGCUUUCUCCCGUAAGGUUAUUGGCAUUCUUGCACCAGUAGGCUCUCCGUAUAGUUCCACUAUGCCGAUGCAGCGAAGCGGUAGGCCAGAGAUCCCAAUUUCCUGUGGCAGUUGUCACGGUCGACUCUGGCAACAUUGAACUAGAAUUUUGGGGACACUUCUGUGAAGUGGUCCAGUUACAGAUGUAAGGUUUCACAACAUCCUUUGGUCAUACAAAGCUCUCCUUGCCUGCGUUGGGAGGAAUGAAAACAUUUUUUAAGAGCUUCAUCAAGUGGGAAAGUGAAACGGGAAUAUUGACGCAAGGUUAAGCAUGCCAAUGGACCGAUUCCGGGUGUUGACCAGAGGACACUGGCCACCUCUUUUCAGGAGGAAACAUGUUCAAGAGAAUCUCCCGCCCUCAACUGUAAGUACACAAGUGCAACCUUGUUCCCUGAAAAAAGACAUAUUCAGAGUGCGCACUUGCGUCCGCUGCUUGUUUCACUCGUGCGACCUAUGAAUGUCUAACUAAUUUUCACCGUUUUAUGUUCACUAAAAACAACAGGGUUUGCUGGCAACUGCCAGUAUGUGCAGUAAUGGUUGAGUUAAGUUUUGACAAAAUGCUCAACAAAAGGAGUUAUGCUACCAAGAACUCGCAGAAUUUACAGUUAGACACAUUUAUAGUAGAGUACCAGCUUAUUACUUUCAAUAUUCUGCACUUAGUUCUGUAGAAAAAGUAUGACCUGAAACUGAUUAUUUCAUCAGUCUUGCAGUGAUAACUUGAUUUUGCCACACUGCAGCAUGAAAUUGGAUUCACUAUGCACUUUAUUUCGUGCAGUUGUUUUGUGAUGGACAAAUCUGGAGUCGCAAAAAUAAAUAGUGCUGUAUUUAUGCGAAAGAAUAAAAUGUUCUGAACCAAA